GGAGAAUGACAGGGCCCGCCCCGCAUCUCUUUCCACCAAGUCCACCGCUGCAAAAUGGCGGCACGCGACAGUGGGCUUCCCCAGAUGUCUCCUGGGCAAGAAGAGGAUAGCAACCCGGAAGCCAUUAGUACAGCCUCCCAAGACUCGCAGGAGUACGAGCUAAAGCAGCCUGCGUGUAGUGAGGGAGCAGCCGCAACUCUGCCUGCGCUGGACGAGACAGAGAAAGGCCGGAGAUUAGAGACAAGUCUGUGGGAGCUUAGGAACCGCAGGAAGAUUCUCAUGAAGAACCUGCCGCACGAUUGCACCGGCCAGGAUAUCCAUGACUUGCUGAAAGGCUACGAAAUUAAAUACUGCUACGUGGACAAAAAUAAAAAAACAGCCUUUGUCACUUUAUUAAAUGGAGAGCAAGCACAAAAUGUCAUUCAGAAGUUUCAUCAGCACACACUUCGAGACAGAGAAAUUUCAGUUCAACUUCAGCCUACGGAUGCUGUACUCUGUGUUACCAAUUUGCCCCCGUUAUUCACAUUGCACAACUUUGAAGAUUUAGUGAGAGCUUAUGGCAAUACUGAGAGGUGCCUACUGGUCUAUAGUGAACUUACGGGCCAUUCCAAGGGAUAUGGAUUUGUGGAGUACAUGAAAAAAGAUUCUGCCUCUAAUGCCAGGCUGGAAUUAUUUGGAAAACCAUUGGCAGAAUUUACCCUUUUUGCACAGUGGAUGGAUAGCAAUCACAUGACCAUGGAACUCAUUCACUCAAAGUGCCUGUGUGUUAAUAAGCUUCCUAAGGGCUACAAUGAUUGUGAUGAACUAACACAGCUGUUCUCUGCUUUAUACAAGCCAUUGUUCUGCCAGCUGGCUGAAGAUGAAGGUGGUUGUUUUGUUGAUUUUGCAGUGGUGGAAUAUGAGACAGCUGAGCAGGCUGAGGCGGUAAGGAAUUCAAUGGAUGGAACCACUGUUAAAGGAAGCAGAAUCCAACUGUCCUUCUGUGCCCCAGGCUCUCCAGGCAGAAGCACUUUAGCAGCACUUGUAGCAGCACAAGGAAUGCUGCAGAAUAAUAGGAAGGGAUUGCUUCCAGAACCAAACACGGUACAAAUCAUGCAAAGUUUCAGUAAUCCAGCAAUGUUACAGAUGUUAUUGCAACCCCAGCAAAGAGGAAGAUCAGGAAAGCAUGGUUCAUCAUCAGGACAGCCUCACUUUGUGAAUCCAACAGUAAGCCACGCUUUUCUACAGCUCAACAAACUGCACCAGACACAGGGUAUGGGAGGUAAUUCCCUGCUGCAAAACUAUUCCCAUCUACAAAUGGCACAGAAGCAACUUCUUCAGCUAAAAAGUGCUCAGUCGAAUAAUUGUAAACCCGGCCUUCUUGGAGAAGCUCCAGUCUCUGUGUUACAGACAUCAAUGGGCUCAUCACAGCCAGGAUCAGUGGAGGCUUUGCAACAAGAUGUGCACAAAAGCAUUUCUCCAUUCUACCACAGUCAGCACAUGAGCUCUGUCCUGUCCCGUCUGACACAGGAGAAGCAGUCUACAUCAAUAGCUUUGCUUGAAGGCUCAGGAUGUCAGACUUACUUACAGCAGUCUGAAUCGGUGCCUGCAGGUCAGAAUCAGCCACAAAGCCAGUCUGCUAGCACUGAGUCGCCUCUCUUGAAUAAGUCCAUUAAUCAGACCUCACUUCUGGGGGAGCCUCCAAGAGACAUCAGGCUCAGUACAAAUCCGUAUCUUAAUCUGGCAAGUGUGCUGGCUGGUUCCUCAAUAGCAGGCACGGGCAUAUGGAACAUUCAGCAACAGAAUAUGAAUAGUUUGACCUUUCAGGAAUCUGCAUCACAGCCUGGGCUGGAAAAUUAUCUUCGCUACAGUCAGCAAUAUGGAGAUUAUUCACAGGGAGCCCUGCAGCAGUGGUAUGAUCAAUAUUCUGCUUACAGCAGCACUCAAGUGGAGCAGUCCCAUAGUGAAGAGCAAGCUUCCUCUCCUGGUUUGGCUUAUGGAAAUUACAAUACAUAUGUUCAAGCACCACCAACAUACUACUCCAAUGCCCAGAUGACAUACCAGGCAGAGAGUACAGUGCCAUCCAAUAACGCAUCGACAAAAGAAAAGAGAACUUCUAUUUUAUCUGCUACAGAGGCCAGUCCAGCAGGAUACGUGAAUCAGGUCUCUGAAGGAUCCGGAGAGCACAAUGGAGAUUCAUACUUUAAAAGGAAGAAGGUUUAUUAACUUUUUGAACUAAAAGAAGUAAAUUCUGCUUCCAUUACCAUAUACCCAAAGAUGCACAAUGCAGUUCAUCUUCUUCUAAGCCUUUUAGCUGGGCACUAAAGGGUUACGUUUGACUUCUCAGGCUGAAUUGUUAAUAUAAAUGGUAAAAAAAAUCUAAAGAUUUGUAGAUAUUUUCUACACCUGAAUAUGUCUUGGUAAAUAACAGAUUUGAUAAUAUAAUAAUAUUGCUAUUGCCUGCAAAAAAAUCAUUUGUAAAUAUCAAGCAAUAAAGUUAAUAGUACAGUUUUACUUUUA